AGCCAUCUUUAUAGAUUACUGCUAAAGUAAAUACAGCUGUUUGACUGAAUAUACAUACAUAUAUAUCGUUCUAAAAUUAGAGAUAGUUGUUAUGGGGUCGCAUCUUUAUCUGAAAUUAAAAUCAGUUUCCCAUCGAAAUUUUCCAUAACAUAUUUAUGAAAAACACACUCAAUUAUUCGAGAUGAUACUUCACUGCUUUACUUUUUUCACACGUUUUUGUUUAGCUAUGGAGGUACCGUACAUAAAUUGGAUGAGAAACAUCAGUGUGUAUGAAACGCCUUCCCAGAUUUACCUUGUUGGUUCUGAUGCUUUCGAACGCCAUUUCCGAGUUCUCAAAAUCGAUCGGUCACCUGUUCCACUGGGUGAUGAUCUUUUGUGGAUGGAUAAGGAGCGCAUUGGUUCUGAAGCAACUGUUGAGGCAGAAACUUUGGUUGAUCGAAUAUGGCGUCUGAAUAUUAUAGAGGAUCCCCAUAUUUAUUCACAUUCAGAAGUGGCUCGGUUGCUACAUACCAUUCAGGCAGCUAAUCGGAGUUUUCAGUCAAAAGCUGUUAAUGAUAAAUCAGACGUAUCAAAUUCUCCUAAGUGGUCUCGUUUUGGUUCACUUUUUUCAAAACGUCGCCCUCAAGAUCAUAUGUCUAAAAUUAAUGAGAACGUGGCUGUUAUUCCUAGUCCAGAUAUAUCCAAUGACUUAUCUUUCAAUGCAAAAGACUUACAACAGGCUGCUGCUUCAGCUCUUUACACUGGCAGUAGCAGACGUUCUCUAGUAUUAGCUGCGAAAUGUCAUGGAAUUGUUGGGGUCAUCCGAUUUCUUCGCGGUUAUUAUCUUAUUUUGAUUACUAAAUACUCAGUAGUUGCGCAGUUAGGUGAACAUCAAAUUUGUAAGACAUUUCGUUCAGAGCAACAAAAAUGUGAUCAUCUUGUGACAUUAAAGUCAAUCCCUAAUGAUAAAUUUGUUUGGAAUUGGAGAUUGAUUCCACCAAAAUUUCGACCAUCCAAACGUAAUUUUGUGAAUUCUGUAAAUGAUCAACCUGAAUGGUUUACUUUAUUGUUUCAUGGUAGCGUUAGUCAAAUAGCAUUAUCUGCUUGUGGAAUGCCAAUUAUGAUUACUCUUAUUGCUCGUAGGUCAAGACAUUUUGCCGGACGCCGAUUUUUAAAACGCGGAGUUAAUUUAGUUGGUGAUGUUGCAAAUGAAGUGGAAACAGAACAAAUAGUACAUGAUACUUCAUAUGCAUUCCUUCGUCAUGGACGUGUCUCUUCCUAUGUACAAAUGCGUGGAUCGGUACCAUUAUUUUGGUCGCAAGAAUCUUCUAAAGUUGUUGUUGGUAGACCGCCUUUAGAAAUUUUACGUGAUGAUCCGUACUAUGAAUCAAUGGGUUUACAUUUCGCCAGUUUACUUAAACGUCAUGGUUCUCCAUUAAUUGUACUCAAUCUGAUGAAAAAACGAGAGAAGAGAAAAUUUGAAACUACACUAUCUAGUGGAUAUGAACGUGGAAUUAUUUAUUUAAGUCAGUUCUUACCUUCCAGGAUUUCAAGGCCGUCUGAUUCAUCUGAUUCCUUUGUUAUGGAAACAAUUGAUAGUAGUCCACCUAUCAUCUACAUUGGAUUCGAUAUUGCUCGUGUUCAAAAAAUGAAACGUACUGUGGUGUUGAAUGAAUUGCAGCCAAUUAUUGAUAAUUGUGUACGUCGCACUGGGAUAUACUUUUCAUCAUCUGCCUCUUUGCCAAUCUCAGAUGUGAUAUUUGAAAAACAUAGAACAGUUGGUUUUAACUCCAAUCAAUACGGAAUAAUUCGAGUAAAUUGUGUUGAUUGUUUGGAUCGGACAAAUACAGCUCAAUUUGUGAUUGGUCGAGUUGUUCUUGGCUAUCAAUUGUACGGCUUAGGCUUUUUAGCUGAACCGGAUUUUAUGGAUAAUUCACAAAUUGAUCGCUUACUGCAAGAGUUAUAUGAUGAACAUGGAGAUACAUUAGCCCUACAGUAUGGUGGUAGUCAAUUGGUGCAUAAUAUAAACACAUAUCGCAAGACAAAGAAACUUUCUAGUCAUUCUCGAGAUUUUGUUCAAACAUUAUCUCGAUAUUACUCAAACAAAUUUUCCGAUUGGGAAAAACAAUGCGCAAUAAGUGUAUUCUUACGCGUGUAUCGCCCUAAUCUUUGGUCUGGUACACUGUAUGAUUUUAUAAAGGAACAUUUGAUACCAAGGUAUUAUUUAAAUGAAAGUUUAAAGUCGUCUUAUCAACUGCAAGACAAGUUGGCAACCUUCCAUUCGGAUACAGAUCAACUUCUAGCUACUGUUGCCGCUUCCUUAUCUGGUUGUAUAUGGGAUAUGUGUAGUGAUGCUUAUUUGCAUUGGUUAGAUGCUUGGUCACGAUUACCUAUUCAUCGUUUACCACUCACUGAUUGGUGUCCACGUGAUCUUUUGCAAUGUUUACCAAGAGGAAUGGAUAUAAAACAAAAAGCGAGCGAUUUUUCUGAACAAUGUCUUGUUUUACCUUCUAAUGAUAUAAGAGUUGACUGGUUCCAUGAAUUUUAUAAACUGUCAUCCUAUGUUCGCUUGGAUCGUUUUCCAAAUUCACAAAUUCGUUCAGCUGAACUUAUAAUAGAACAUCGUACUGAUGAACAUAUGAUAUCUUCACAUUCAUCAAAUGUACCACUGUGCAAUCGAAUAUGUUCAAAUAAUACUCUUGAAAAACAACAGACUGCUCAAUUCACCUGUCCUACAAUAUCUGCGAUGCCUAUGGAUUUAGGACAUUCAAUAUGCGCUACACAUUCAUUUCCUAGUUUCACUGAUGUGUCGAAUUUCGAUUGGACAACUAGACAAAACAGUAUAUUAUGCAAAAUGCAUCACGACAAUUCAUCCGCUAAUGAAACACUUGAUCAUUCGAAUAAAACAGAAGUAAGUAAAACAAAAAAAUGGAGAAGUGGAAAAAGCCAAUUGUCAAUAAAUACUAAAAAGAAAAAACAUGAGGAAAAUGGAAAAAAACUUGGCGAUGAUGAUGGUGGUGAUGAUGAAGACGACGAUGAAGAUGAAUCCAGCAUAGAUAGUGAUGACGAGGAAUCGAUGGAAAAUUGUAUUAACAUCUUUCCACCUGGUAUAGAUAUCCUGCGUAUAUCAACCGACUCUGAUCUUUCUCCGUCGAAGUUAAGGCGUUCAAUCGAUCAUAAUGGUGAGAGUAAAGGUUGUUCUACAAGUUAUUCCUACCUAAUGAGUACGUCAAAGCGUCAGAAACGAAAGCCUCCAAUAGCAGUUGGGCAGUUGACGAAAUCGAAACUAGAUUCUGAACAAAUCUACUCAAACAGUCUUUCAUUAUCUCAGACCACAACAAAUACAUCAUUAAGGAAUUUGUAUGAGGAUUAUCUUCGUACUGAUUUUACCAAACAGCCAGAAAGAAUCGAUAAAUAUCAUGAAUAUGACUUGACAUCUCCUAAUCCCCUAUCAUCCAUAUCAGUAGACAAGGAUUCAUUGGAAGUGUAUACGAAAUACGUGCAAAUGAGCAAUAUUGACUCGUCCAGUAUACCUGUAAACAGUAGAAACAUUUACAAAGCCACAGCCUAUCUCUCUUUACAGUUACAAUAUUGA